CGGGGCUGGUGCGGCCUCCUGGCGACGCGGCGUCCGCUGCUCUCCCGCCCGGCUCUGCGGGCUGCUGCGGGAGUGGAACCCCGGAGGCGGAGGCGGUAAGUGAGCUCGGAGCGGGAGCCGGGAGGGUUUGAGCGGGACCCCAGAGCACAAGCGCUGCCCGGGAACUCGUGGGGCUCGAGCUCUUGCAGUUUUGCGCAGUGCUCAGCCUAAGCGUCGGUCGUGGAAUCCGGGCACCGCGGUCGCAGUCCCGGGGCUGGAGGUGCGCUCCUGCCUCCUACACUGCGCCCAGUACCGCAGACGCGCAGAACAGUUGGCGGCGAACCUGUACAGGGCUCUAGUGACAGCUGCGGGCGAGCCCCACGGAACACCGCACCUCCGACCCUUCCCUGCAGUUUGAUCUUAGCGUGCUCUUUAUGACCGUCCCUUAGAACAGGCUGGUGGCCGCUCUGCUGUCCUGGCCCCGCGCGCCACUGCACUCACUGUCCAGGCAGGUCAUCCCGAAAGCCCUUACCCCACAAGAGCACUUUUUCGCCUUCUGAGGGACUUUUCCAAGUUGCAUCACCGUUUGGCUUCAAGCUGGGACAGUGAACCAUGGAGCUGUAUUUUGGUGAAUAUCAACACGUGCAGCAGGAAUACGGUGUCCACCUGAGACUUGCCAGUGAUGGCACUCCAAAGCCAAGGAAUUCCCAGCCCUCAAAGGCAGGCUCCUAUGGUGUCAGUAUCAGAGUCCAGGGAAUUGAUGGCCACCCUUACAUAGUCCUGAAUAACACUGAACGGUGUCUAGCAGGCAUACCUUUCCCAGAAAACAGGCCGUUUCCAUCUCCGAUGAUAAAUAACUUGUCCCUACAUCCAAGCAAUGGAACCGUGUUGAAGGAGAACACGCCAGAGGAACUGCAACUUCCAGAAAACCCAUACCUGCAAGCCAGCCCGGUAAGCGGCCAGAAGCAGUUCUCCUUCCACGAGGGCAGGAAUGGAGUUCUAGAACGCAAAGACGGGCCCACAAAACUACCCCACGUGCUCAACUUCCAGAGGCACCCCGAGCUUCUGCAGCCCUACGACCCAGAAAAGAAUGAGGUGAACUCAAAGAAGCAUCACCCACCGGAGAGUCCCUGGCUGAGAAACGCGACAGAGGAAGGGACCAACUGUAAGAUGUCCCGGAACUGCUUUCCCAAACCCUGCGGUUCCCAGCCCAACAGCCCUACUCCAGAAGACUUAGCCAAGACCAACAUGACAGCUAUCCGUCUCUGCAGCUCCGUGGUCAUAGAAGACCCCCAAAAGCAGACCUCGGUGUGUGUGAAUGUUCAGAGGUGUGCCAAGGAAGGGGUGGGAGAGGAGACCCUUUCCCCUCGACGGAAAUCCCCAACAGCCCCCAGCCCACAGGCCUACUCCGAAACCAAGAAAAGCAGGCCAGAUGUACUACCCUUUAGACGACAAGAUUCUGCAGGACCCAUCCUGGAUGGAGCUCGGUCACGAAGGUCCUCUUCGUCAUCCACGACUCCCACUUCAGCCACUUCCUUGUACAAAUUUUUACUUGAUGAUCAGGAAUGUGCCAUCCACGCUGACAGUGUCAACCGCCAUGAAAACCGAAGGUAUAUUCCCUUCUUGCCAGGAACUGGGCGGGACAUCGACACCUGCUCAAUUCCUGGUGUGGACCAGUUAAUUGAAAAGUUUGACCAAAAGCCUGGCCAGAGAAGAGGAAGGUCUGGGAGGAGAAACAGGAUCAAUGCAGACGACAGGAAAAGAUCCCGAAGUGUAGAUAGUGCCUUUCCAUUUGGUCUCCAGGGAAAUACAGAAUACCUCACAGAGUUCAGCAGGAAUCUGGGCAAAUCUAGUGAACACCUCCUUCGGCCAUCCCAGGUCUUCCUGCAGAGGUCAGUGGCCCAGGAGCACCGUGGGAAGCACAGUCCCAUCAGCACCCUUGCAAAACUGCAAGGUGCCCACCCCAAGCCUCCCCUGCAGAACAAAGACGGGAAAGUUCUGAACAAAGGAAGUCAGGAAAGCAUAGGGGCAGGUGCCCCCUCCCUUCCAGCACAGAAUAAAAAAGAGGAAGAAAUCAAAAUAGCCACCGCCACGUUGAUGUUACAGAACCGGGCUGUGGCUGCCACAUCUGAUUCUGGUGCCAAGAAAAUUUCAGUGAAGACAUUUCCUUCCGACUCGAGUACUCAGGCCACGCCAGAUCUCUUAAAGGGCCAGCAGGAGCUCACACAACAAACCAACGAGGAGACCGCCAAGCAGAUCCUUUACAAUUACCUCAGAGAAGGAGGCACAGAUAACGAGGAUGCCACCAAAAGGAAGGUGAACCUGGUCUUUGAGAAAAUCCAGACUUUGAAGUCCAGAGCAACAGGGAGUGCCCAAGGAAACAAUCAAGCUCCGAAUUCUUCCUCUGAAGGCAACGAUCUAUUGGAUCAGAAGAACAAAUUGAUCCUAGAAGUGUCUGAACUACAGCAGCAACUGCAGUUGGAGAUGAAGAACCAUCAGAACAUCAAGGAGGAGAGAGAAAGGAUGAGAGAGGAUUUAGAAGAGCUGCGAGUCCGGCACCAGAGCCAAGUGGAGGAGACGGCCACCCUGCAGAGACGGCUGGAGGAAAGUGAAGAAGAGCUGAGGAAGAACUUGGAAGAGCUGUUCCAAGUGAAGAUAGAGCGAGAACAGCACCAGACUGAGAUCAGAGACCUGCAGGACCAGCUGUCAGAAAUGCACGACGAACUCGACAGCACCAAGCGAUCCGAGGACCAGGAGAAGGGAGCCCUGAUCGAGGAGCUCCUGCAGGCCAAGCAGGACCUUCAAGACCUGCUCAUUGCCAAAGAGGAACAGGAAGAUCUCUUGAGGAAGCGGGAGAGGGAGCUGACUGCCUUGAAGGGUGCCUUGAAGGAGGAGGUUUCCAGCCAUGACCAGGAGAUGGACAAGCUGAAAGAACAGUACGACGCUGAGCUGCAGGCCCUCAGGGAGAGUGUGGAGGAAGCCACCAAGAAUGUUGAGGUCCUGGCCAGCAGGAGCCACUCCUCAGAGCAGACCCAAGCAGAGGCUGACCUGCGUGAGAAAGCCCUGAAGGAGGAGAAUGAGAAGCUGCAGGGAAGGAUAGUGGAGCUGGAGCGCAGGGCGGCCCAGCUGCAGAGGCAGAUGGAGGAUGUGAAGGGUGACGAGGCCCAAGCAAAGGAGACACUCCGGAAGUGUGAGAGUGAAGUACAGCAGCUUGAGGAAGCCCUUGUGUGUGCCAGAAACGAAGAAAAGGAAGCCGCAUGUGCCAGAACGGCUGUGGAGAGGGAGCUGGAGCAAGCUCAGAGAGAGCUGAGCCAGAUCUCCCAAGAGCAGAAGGAACUCCUAGAGAAACUCCAGGAGGAGGUGGAGCAGAAGGAGCAGCUGAGGAAGCUGAAGAACGAGAUGGAGAGUGAGCGAUGGCACCUGGACAAGACCAUCGAGAAGCUGCAGAAGGAGAUGGCCGACAUUGCUGAGGCGUCCCGCACUUCCUCUUUGGAGCUGCAAAAGCAGCUGGAUGAGUAUAAGGAGAAGAAUCGCCGGGAGCUUGCGGAAAUGCAGACACAGCUGAAGGAGAAAAGCCUGGAGGUGGAAAAGGCCAGACUGGCAGCCUCAAAGAUGCAGGAUGAGUUGCGCCUCAAGGAGGAAGAGUUGCGGGACUACCAACGAGCUGAGGAGGAAGCGCUCACGAAACGGCAGCUUCUGGAGCAGUCACUGAAGGAUCUGGAGUACCAGCUGGAGGCCAAGAGUCACCUCAAGGAUGACCGAAGCCGACUGGUCAAGCAGAUGGAGGACAAGGUGUCCCAAUUGGAGAUUGAGUUGGAAGAAGAAAGAACGAACGCUGACUUGCUGUCUGAGAGGAUCACUUGGAGCAGGGAACAGAUGGAGCAGAUGAGGAGUGAGUUACUUCAAGAGAAAGCUGCCAAGCAAGACUUAGAGUGUGACAAGAUUUCCCUAGAGAGACAGAACAAAGACUUAAAGAGCCGGAUUACCCACCUGGAAGGUUCCUACAGGUCCAGUAAGGAGGGCCUGGUGGUGCAAAUGGAGGCCAGGAUUGCAGAGCUGGAGGACCGGCUGGAGAACGAAGAGAGGGACCGGGCCAACCUGCAGCUCAACAACCGAAGGCUGGAGCGGAAGGUGAAGGAGUUGGUGAUGCAGGUGGAUGAUGAGCAUCUGUCACUGACUGACCAGAAGGACCAGCUGAGCUUGCGCCUGAAAGCCAUGAAGCGCCAGGUGGAGGAGGCUGAAGAGGAGAUCGACAGACUGGAAAGUUCUAAGAAGAAGCUGCAGAGGGAGCUGGAGGAGCAGAUAGGAGUGAACGAGCAGCUGCAGGGGCAGCUCAACUCUAUGAAGAAGGGCUUAAGGCUUAAGACACUGUCUAGUAAAGUACUGGAUGACUCAGACGAUGAUGACCUCAGCAGUGAUGCGGGAAGCCUCUAUGAAGCCCCACUGAGCUAUCCCUUUCCCAAAGACAGCACUAUCACCAGCCAGAUCUGAUCUGCUUCCGGGCCCGUUCAUCCUGACAGGACUCCGCAGCCAUCUCGACAGUAGGAGGGCUUGGGAAUGGAGUCAGACCCACAGUUCCCACCUCACAUUCUUCCCGGGGCCUCUACGUGGUUGAGUGACCUUGGAUCUUAGAUAGGGAGCUAUUGAAAUUUCAGAUGACCUAACUGGGAUAUUGGGGGUAAGACAAAGCCCUGUUGUGCCCUGCUGUCUGCCAUCACUCCUUCUCCUGCCCCUGUUCCAAUGCCGGCUGUAAUACUAUAGGGACGUGUAGGGAUGAAAUGAUGAACAGACUGCACACAUUUUAAACCAGAACUUCUCAAGCACUGCUCUUCUACUUUAGAAUGCUCCAGAGUCUUUGGAGUGUGAUGUCUUUGUAAAGUUCACACAUGGAUCUUGAUUAACUUUUAAAAUAUGAAGCUACCAGAUCUCAAGAAUUAAAAAGCGGGAGGCAAAGGAGGGAGAGUGAAGGCUACUCUGGAAACCAGAGGGGUUCAGACUGGAAAAGUAGCACUGGGAAUCAAUCCAUGGAUUGUAUGGGAAAACAGUUCAUUGAUGGUUGGGGAAGGACACUUAGGGCUGAGUGUGAGGCCUUGGUUUCUUAUUUUACUGAGGAGGCUUAUUGUAUCUGAACCAUGUGAAGAGCUGUUUCCACUCCCCAUUUCCUUCAAGCAAGUAGAAUGGGGAGACAGAUGAGAUUUUCAACAAGUGCUGUGCUUCUCAAAGGUCAAGAACCCUAUUGUUGUAUCUCCUUGGCCCUUUUCCUCCAUGGCAGACCUCCAAGUGAAGCUUGCUCAGGCCUGGAAUUGGAGGACUAGGAGGGGCCUUGAGAUGAGGCUUCUGGGCUUAGAUAUGAGGACGAGGAGGGAGGCAUCCAGGAAGUUCAAGGAAUAAGUGGGAGUAGGGCUGAAGUAAGAAGGAAUACAGAGAUGUUCUUGAAAGCUGGAGGAUGUGCAAGAAGGACAGAGGGUUGGGGGUUGAGCUGGAGCUUGGGAUGAUGGGAAAAAGAAUUGGGGGUGCUUGCCAUCUGAAGGUCUUUUUUGGACCUUCUUCAGGUGUCAGGAAGGGGAGAGGUCCAAGGGCAAGCACAGAAUGCCAAGGUGGCUUUGGGAGGAUGCUGGGCAUCCCUGUCUAUCUCCUGGCCUACCUGUGUCUCCUCAUUACCAUGACAGUCGCCUAUAAAAGAACCUUGUGAGUUGCCUAUGUGUGUAAGGCAGAGAAGACAGGACACUGAAGCAGGGUCCCCGGGCUUCCUGAUGUGGGGACUCCUGGGGACCAGGUUACCAAAAGGUCUGGUCCCCUACAGGUCAGAGAUCACCACCUAGAUUUAAAGAGAAGAGAUUUGAAGGAUGAGCAUUUGCUACCAGAGAACCAAGCCCUAUCACACAUCACGAGAGCCAGUCUCCCGCGACAUAGCUGGGCACAGCCCUUGCCCGUUUCCUCACUGGGUAUGGAGAGAUUUCUGCUUUCAGCCAUUCUUCCAUUUAACCAAUAUGUAUUAUCAUCCAUCAAGAUGUGUCAGGCACAGAUGUUGGCACUGGACACACAGUGAAUAAAAGUGAAAAUGUCUGUGGGCUGGAGCUGGAGUUCAGCUGUGCCUAGCAUGUAGGAAGCCCUGUGUUUAAAUCCCCAACUCCCUAAACCGGGUGUGGUGCAGCAUGCUGUCAUCCCAACACUCAGGAAGUGGCGACAGGAGGAUCCAGAGUUCAAGGUCAGCCUUGGAUACAUAUGCAGUUCCAGACCAACCUGGGAUAUAGGAGACCCCAUCUCAAAAAAACAAACCAACCCUGCCCUCCAGUAACCGUCCAGGAGAGUGUGGUGGUGCAGGCUGAGCCGCUCUAUACCCAGCCUCUGAGAACUUUGUCCUCUCGGCAACUUGAUAGCCUGCGGUUGGUUGGCUAGUUCCCCAGAACUCACAGGAAUUCUUUGACUUCUAGAAUCUUAUGUCGUCAUCUGAUACUUGCAGUAAGCCUAGAAAUGCCUUGGCCACUCGUCCCAGAGAUUCAGGUGACAAAAUCAAGACCCGGAGGAAAGGGGUGUUUGUUUUGGGGUUUGACAAAAUCAGCCAGCUCCUAUUCUAGUUCUUUCUGGUAGCCAUGGGGCUAGCUACAUGAAGGAAAACAGCUCCUGAAAGGGAGAACAGAGGUCACCACUGGAAACACUUGUAGAGUUCCCUGCCGCCGCCUCCCCCCACCAAAGCAGGCUAGGCAGGGUGAGAACAUGUCUCCUGUGCCGUAAUGGAAUGGGAGCAGUCGGGGCUUGUGCGGUGUGUGUGGUACAGCCAGCGGCACAACACUGGACUGAGGUUUAGAGAGAGGUUUGUAAAUCCCAGACUCAUCUCUUCCCUGUGAUCAUGACAGGUGCAUCCUGGGACAAGGUGGGGAUUAGGGCUCCAGGUCUUUCUUGGCUCAAACCUGUGAGCAUGCCUUGGUUUUCUUAUAUAUACAUGAUGUUUUUAUUCCCCUGUUUAUUGCUUUAAGAACUAAUCCUGCUUGAGUAUUUUCUUUCGCUAGCUUAAAAAUAUCUUGUGUGAAAACAUACAUGUUGCCAGCUGCAAAGCUCAGAAGACAAUCACUGUAUGCCUUUUAGAAAUUUGUUUUUCCUGCUCCAGAGUGUCAUUCCACCAGGACAGUUGGUGUACUCGGGCAGGUCUUUCAGUAGGGAUUGGUCGCUAUGCGUUGUCAUGGGGAAGAGACACUUUAUCACAGCUACCUCCAUGGAAGUGACUUCAUGGAUAAAGCAAGAUUUCCUUUCAAUAAACUGUCGGCUGACAGGAA